UUCUCCCUCGCUCUCUCUUGCUCUCUCUCCCUCCCUCUUCUCCUUCUCUCUCUACCCUUCUCCCACCCCUGCUCUCUUCUCUUAUUCUCUCUGCCCUCUCCCUGGUUGGCUGUGGUUGGCUGUGGCUGUUCUGGCUGUGGCUGUGGGGGGCGGUGGCUGUGCUGCGCUGACAUGCAGUGGCAGGAUCAGUUGCAGGGAUAUGUAUGACAUGCUCAGGCAUAUGAGCCCUCCGCUAGGCCUGGGGAACAGGUGCCCGGCACGGGUGGCCUACAAGAGGCUGCUGCGGAUGGACCUCCCGGUCGCCGACGACAACUCAGUCCACUUCAACUCCACCCUGAUGGCCCUGAUCCGCACGGCGCUGGACAUCAAGAUCGCCAAGGGUACGGAAGGAGGUGUGGACAAACACCAGAUGGAUGCAGAGCUGAGGAAAGAGAUGAUGGCGAUUUGGCCCAAUCUCUCCCAGAAGACCCUGGACCUCUUAGUCACGCCACAUAAGUCAGCAACAGACCUGACGGUGGGGAAGAUCUACGCUGCCAUGAUGAUCAUGGAGUACUACAGGCAGAGCAAGGCCAAGCGCUCUCAGGCGCGGCUAGAGGCGGAGCAGCGCGUGGAGCCGCCCUCCCCCAUCCAGGACGGGCCUCUCAGCCUCCCUCCUACCCAACCGGCAGACCCCGUCAACAGCCUACCGGUGGAGGGGGGGGUUCCAGAGAGCCAGUCGUGGGUGACAGUGCGGGCUCAGGAGAUGUCCCAGAGAGUAGGCAGCUGGAGUCCUGAGGGACAGCACUCUGAGGAUGGCCUGGACAGCAGGCAUAACUCGCAGACGGUAGAGAUGAGAGAGAUGGGGCGUGAUGGUUACUCGGAUACCGAGCACUUUCAGCCAAUGGAAGGCCACGGAAGGGCCGCUUCCAUGCCACGCCUUCCAGGCGACAACCAAGUGAGCACCCCUCAUUUCCUCUCCUCCCUCCCUCUCUCGCUCCCUCUAGCUUUUCAUCUCCUUGACUCAAUCUCCACGAUAAGCUACAUGACUAGAGACACACAAAGACUAGAGACAGACUAUUUAUAAUCCAACACAGUGCAUAGCAAAAUACUAUGAAACAUUGCUGAAAAUGGACACGUGAUACUUUCAAGCAUAUUUAAAAAAAAAAAAAAAAAAAAAAAAAGCAUGGUAUUUGACGUGAUAUCAUGCAUUUUGACGGUAGCUCCCCUUUCUAUGCUGUUGAAAUAUCGUCCAUAGGAUGUUUGCCAGACAGACUUACAGGUAAGUCUUACAGACUACUGUACCAAACACCCCAACACCCCACUCUUCCUCUCCUCCUCCUCUCCACUCAUCCCCUUGGAGGUGUGUUACUGUGGUUGUCCCUUCUCAUCCAGUACCAAGUCAUCUCUGCUAUAUUGUCACACACACACUCUUUGUUUAAGGUAGUCCAUCGUAUCCGAGGAUGACUUCCACUACUGCUUGUUGGAUCACUGAUGACUGUAUAAUCUGAUGCGGGAUGCACACUGUUGCCACAGACAGAGCACACAAAGGCCUGUCCUGUUGAGGCCAGUGAAGUCAUGGUCUACGUUCAGUCCUUUUUUCCUCGGUCAACUGCACUCCUUGAUGGCAGAGGCCACGCCAGGUGGAACGGUCCGCAGCAACAGUCUGGAGGGAGGCAGAGUUUACCCCACACUUCUUUAGUGAUGUCUUCAGUUGGUCCUUUAGACACUUUUUCUGCCCACCUGAAGAGCGACAGCCCAGUUGUAGCUGUCCGUACAGUGUAUUUCACGGCAGGCGAUCCUCUGGCAUCCGGAUGGCAUGGCCGAGCCAUCUAAGCUGGUGGUGUGUGAUGGACGCUUCAAUACUCAUGCAGUUGGUUUUCUGUAGGAUCUCUGAGUGCGGAACACGGUCCUGCCAGGUCACUUUCAAAGUGCUUUGAAGGCAUUCUAUGUGAAAGGACUCCAGUUGUUUUAAGUGUCGGCUGUGUACUGUACAUGUUUCACAUCCAUAAAGGACUGUAGAUACACACACUGCCUGGUAGACUGCAACUGGUGUGGAGGUGCAGGUUGCUGCUGUUAAAAACCCUCUUCCUUAGCCGACCUAAAGACGACAAGGUCUGUUUGACCCGAUUCUGGAUAUCCUGGUCCAAGAUUAAAAUGUGAUACAAUGGGAAGUGAGGAGUCUGAGAUGGAGAAUGGAUGUGUUUCAGGCGUAGGAUCAGAUGACCACUGACAUAGGACCUCUGUUUUUGGGACGUUAACAGACAGCCCCAUUAGGCUAUACGCUCACACAUCUGCUCUGAGUAUGGCUUGUAGAGCUUCUGGGGUAUGUGCCACAAGAGUGCAAUCAUCCGCAUACUGGAGCUCAAGUACUUGUUAAGAUUUGAGCUUUAUGGCAGCUUGGAGCUUCCUAACGUUGAAGAAUUUUCCGUCCAAUCUGAAGUACAGGGUCACCCCACCCUCUGUUUCCAUGUCCUUGUGCAGGACUGCUGUGACACACAGGAAGAAGACAUUGAAUAGGACCGGCGCAAGCACACACCCAUGCCGCACACCAGUACCAACUCUAAAAGGGUUCAGACUCCUGACGGCUAAUUCUUACUCUGGCCACCAUCUCCUCAUGGAUCUGACGCAGGACGUUCACACAUUUCCCAGUGCAGCCAUACUGCAGGAGGACCUUCCAAAGGAGUUCAUGGUGUACUGUGUCAAAGGCUUUGGAGAGAUCCAGAAAGGCCAUGAACAGGUACUGUGUCUGUUCACUGCACUUUUCCUGCUGUUGUUGUGCACUGAAGAUCAUGUCCACCAUGCUUCUGUUCUUUCUGAAGCUGCACUGGGACUCCGGGAGCAGGUCUGCAGUGACGGUGUCGAUGAUUCUGUGGUGGAAGACCUUCACCAGGACUUUGACAGCAACUGGAAGGAAUGAUAUGCCCCUGCUGUUGCCGCAGAUGGAUUUGCCUCCCUUGUUUUUUGUAUAUAUGUUUGCAUCCCUCCAUUGAUCGGGAUGUGCUCUUGUCUCCAUACCUCAGAGAUGAACAGGCAAACUGCUCUGGUACAGAGAUAGCCCCCCAGUUUUAGGAUCUCAGCAGGGAUGGAGUCAGGUCCAGGAGUUGAGUUAUUCUUCAGUGACCUGACGGUGGUGCAGACCUCAGAAAAGGUGGGUGGGAGAUCAAGGCUCUGGAUGGUGGGCAGUGUUUGGAGCUCCUCUAGGACUGAGUAGUCAACUGGGCUCGGCUGGUUUAAGAGGGCUUCACCUCUGGACUAUCGUAGUUUGGUCCUUUAUGAGAGUGGACCCAUCUGCACUUCUUAGGGGACAGAGAAAGCAACUUCCUGGGCCGUGGGUUGUCUUCGGGGCAUCAUACAACUUCUUGGGCCAUGGGUUGUCUUCAGGGCAUCAUACAACUUCCUGGGCCAUGGGUUGUCAUCAGGGCAUCAUACAACUUCUUGGGCCGUGGGUUGUCUUCAGGGCAUCAUACAACUUCUUGGGCCGUGGGUUGUCUUCAGGGCAUCAUACAACUUCUUGGGCCGUGGGUUGUCUUCAGGGCAUCAUACAACUUCUUGGGCCGUGGGUUGUCUUCAGGGCAUCAUACAACUUCUUGGGCCGUGGGUUGUCUUCAGGGCAUCAUACAACUUCUUGGGCCGUGGGUUGUCUUCAGGGCAUCAUACAACUUCUUGGGCCGUGGGUUGUCUUCAGGGCAUCAUACAACUUCUUGGGCCGUGGGUUGUUUUCGGGGCAACAUACAACUUGUGCAUGUUUUAUCUAUCCCCACAAGAUUGAAGUUCUUGUGCUUUGGAGAUCCACCACUCAUUUUGUCGUAGAGUACUCUGUGCCUCCUUCCGCUGCUACACACACACACACACACACACACACACACACACACACACACACACACACACACACACACACACACACACACACACACACACACACACACACACCAGCACACAUGUACAUUCUUCUACCCUCAUAACUAUCACUGCUGUCAAGCCCUAGAUCUUCUUUCUCUUCCUUUUUCUCUCUCCAGCCUCAGUUCUUAUCUUCUAUCUAAAUCAAUCUUUAUUUCUCUUUCUCUCUCCAGCUAAAGUUCUUAGCUUCUAUCUAAAUCAUUCUUUCUUUCCCUCUUCUCUAAUGGUUUUGCUACAAAGGUGACUUGAAAUGUGGGGUUUUGUUUCAACCAGGUUUGAAUUUGAAAUCAUGCCCAACUGCAAAUGAUCUAGUGUCAUUUUGGGGUCAACAUUUCUUUGAGAAGGUAUUGUUCAAGUGGUCGAGUGAUGUACUGUCAUGCUCAAACUAAAAGAUAUAGUAAAUAGAAUACUACUAUCUUGAAACAAAAACUGUCACCAGGUUGAAACAGUGCUUUUGCUCUGAUAUGAGUAAGUGUGCUGCUGCUAUGUGUGGAUGUGUGACUAUGUCCUGAUGUCCUGAGUGUGUGUGUGUGUGUGUGUGUGU